AUGUACUUCUCCAAGCUCGCCAUUUCCAUGCUGGCUGCCACUGGCGCCGUCGCCCACCCCCACGCCCGCCGUGCCGCCCAGAACGACGUCGUCGUCGUCGAGUACGUUACCAAGGUCGUCACCGAGUACGGCAGCAGCCAGCCCACCUACGUUCCUCAGCGCCAGGGCAAGCAGCACAGCUGGUGGCAGUGGAAGCCUUCUCAGCCCGAGCAGGCUGAGCAGCCCGCCCAGACCACUGUCGUCGUUGAGGCCCCCAAGGCCACCUCCGCCCCUGCUGCCUCCGCCCCCGCCGCCAGCUCCGGCUCCUCCGGUUCUUCCUCCGGCAGCCUGGACGCCGACGAGAAGGGUGCCCUCGACGCCCACAACGCUGCCCGUGCCGCCGUUGGCACCGCCGACCUUGUCUGGGACGACGAGCUUGCCGCCGGCGCUCUCGAGUACGCCAAGCAGCUUGUUGGCAUUGGCAGCCUCGUCCACUCUGGUGCCGACGGCGUCGGCGAGAACCUCUACCAGGGUGGUGAGGGCGAGGACACCCCUCUCACCAACGCUGUCAACAUGUUCAACGACGAGAAGAAGGACUACAGCGGCCAGGUCAUCGACAGCACCAACUACAUGACCUUCGGCCACUACACCCAGGUUGUCUGGAAGUCCACCACCAAGGUCGGUAUGGCCAAGGCCGAGGGCAACGGCAAGUGCUUCGUCGUCGCCCGCUACCAGGAGCCCGGCAACAUGAUCGGCGAGGCUGCCUACUAA